CAUCUAAUAUGUUACUUUUCUUAUUAUUAACUGCUAUAUUUUUUUCACUAUUUUCUUGUUUUUAUAUGUGAAUUUAUUGCACUUAAACGGUGAGUAUCUUGAAAAUAACCUCUUUAUCUUUAUGAGGUAGUGGAAAAAUUUAUGUGUAUUAUAUUCUUCAACAACAACUUCAUUUAAUAAAAAUUUACUGAGUAUAUUAUUAUUAUUGAUCACCAUGUUGACUGAACACGCAAGCUUCUUUAAGUAUUAUAACCAAACUUCUAUAUUUUAAUAUCUUAUGAAAAAGUAAAGUUGAAAAAAAGUAAAAAGGAGGGGUCUUGUUCUGUUGAUUUAUUUCAUCUGAGGAUUUUAAUAUUAGUAAAGAUUUCAAAUUUAUAUUAGCCUGACAGAAACAAAAAGUGGGCUAAAACCAUUGAAUUCAGUGACUCUUUUGUUGCUUUUACUGCUUUUUUGUUGUUACGUGUAGAGUGGUAGUGUUUACUGUUCUUGAUAUUUUGGAGUUCAUCAAGAGGGAAGUUGAGUGGUAGAAUAGAUACUCGUGGUUGGAUCUUUUUUAUCCUAUAAAUAGUGGAGUUUUAGUGCAUCGAGUUGUCAUUUUUUCAACAUUUCAACUGAUUUUCAGCUUUUAAGGUUCCAUCAAAAGUGAAGUUGAGUGGCAGGAUAGACCGUUGUGGUUCGACUCUUUUCUAAAUCCUGCACGUAACGAGAGUUUUAGUAUACCGAGCUUUACAAGAUGUCAACUGAUUUUUAGCUUUUGGGGUUUCAUCAAAAGUGAAGUUGAGCACAUAACGGGAGUUUUAGUGCAACGACCUGUGCUUUUCAAGAUUUCAUCUAAUUUUCAGUUUAUGGUGUUUCAUCAGAAGUGAAGUUGAGCUCUAUAUUUGUUGAAAGAUUGGUUCUUUUUUUGUCUGAUUUGAGUUCUUGAUAUGCUUUAUAGUUAUGUAAAUCCACUGAAAGAUUGUUUCUUUUUUGGAGUUGUUUUGAUUUGCUGGAGAUAUCCAAGACUUAUAGUAUAGUAUAUAAAGGGUUCUUGAAAUUUGCUUCUAGAUUUUUGUGUUGGCAGGGAUUCUUAGGAGAUUCAACCAAGGAACUACUUACUCGAUCCGAAGGGCCUCCGGAAAUAGCCUCUCUACCUCCACGAGGUAGUGAUAAGGUCUACGUAUACUCUACUGAUUUCACUGGUUCUUGAAAGUGGAUAAAGUUUGGUAUUUUUAUACAAGAGAUUAGGGGCUUGAGUUCUUUAUGAUCAUGGAGAAACAGGUUAGUUUCCAGGGUGCUAAAAUGGAGAAACAGCAAAGUUUUCGAAAUGGGGCGAUGGAGAAGCAGAAGAGCUUUAAAGGGAUAAUGGAAAAACAGAAAAGUUUUCGGAUAGCGAUGGAGAGGCAAAUGAGCUUUGGUGGUGGUGAGAGGAAAAGGGGUAAGGAUUCACCGGGGAAACGCGGGGAUUCCCCGUUGCAUCUUGCAGCCAGAGGAGGGAAUUUAGGUAAGGUGAAAGAAAUUGUUCAGAAGUUUGAUGAAAAAGGCGUAAAAGAUUUGCUAUGUCAGCAAAACCAAGAGGGUGAGACUGCUUUGUAUGUUGCUGCUGAGAAUGGAAACAGUUUGGUUGUUGCAGAGUUCUUGAAACAUUUAGACCUUAAAAUUGCUUCUAUUGUGGCAAAUAAUGGUUAUGAUGCACUCCAUGUUGCAGCAAGGCAGGGUCAUCUUGAUGUACUGCAGGAACUGCUGCGUUCGUUUCCAAACCUAAUCAUGACCACAGAUCCGUCCAAUUCUACAGCUUUACACACUGCAGCUGCACAGGGACAUACUCAUGUAGUAGAUAUGCUUCUGGAUAUUGAUUCUAACCUUGCUAAGAUAGCUCGGAACAACGGAAAGACUGUGCUUCAUACAGCAGCAAGAAUGGGACACUUGGAGAUAGUUAGGUCCCUUCUUAGCAAGGAUCCUGAGAUUGGCUUUCGAACAGAUAAAAAAGGCCAAACUGCCUUACACAUGGCUGCAAAGGGACAAAAUGUUGACAUCGUGCUCGAAUUGAUCAAACCAAAUCCUGCUGUAUUGGCCUUGGAAGAUAACAAAGGAAACACAGCACUUCAUAUUGCAAUAAAAAAGGGACGGGUACAGAUGGUACAAUGUCUUAUAUCAAUUGAGAGCACUGAUCUUAACGCCAUUAAUAAGUCUGGAGAAACAGCUCUUGAUAUUGCAGAAAAGUUUGGAACUCCGGAGCUUGUUUCUAUUCUGAAAGAAGCCGGAGCUACCCAUUCCAAAGAUCACGGGAAGCCCCCUGGACCUGCAAAGCAACUCAAGCAAACUGUCAGUGACAUAAAACAUGAUGUGCACUCCCAGCUCCAACAGAGUCGGCAGACUGGCUUCAAAGUACGAAAAAUUGCAAUGAAGGUGAAGAAGCUCCACAUUAGUGGUCUUAACAAUGCCAUCAACAAUGCAACGGUUGUUGCCGUCCUUAUUGCUACUGUUGCUUUUGCUGCCAUCUUCACUGUACCUGGCCAAUAUGUUGAAGAUAAAACCGAUGGAUUUUCGCUUGGUGAAGCACACAUAGGCAGAAAAGCAGAAUUCAUAAUCUUCUUCUUGUUUGACAGUAUGGCCUUGUUUAUUUCAGUUGCUGUUGUUGUAGUCCAGACUUCCGUGGUCGUUAUUGAACAUAAAGCAAAGAAGCGACUCAUGUUUUGGAUAAACAAGCUCAUGUGGGCAGCUUGCCUCUUCAUCUCAAUCGCCUUUAUCUCUCUUAGUUAUGUCGUGGUUGGAUCAAAGGAAAGAUGGCUUGCCUUGUAUGCAACUGUGGUUGGUUGCAUAAUAAUGCUCACUACGAUUGGCUCCAUGUGCUAUUGUGUGGUUCAACAUAGGCUAGAAGAAUCCAGGUUGAGGAGCAUUCGAAGAAGUGAAACUCACUCACAUUCUUUCCCAUUGUCUGUGGCAUCAGAUACCGAGCUUGUCAGUGAGAACUACAAAAGGAUGUAUGCAGUAUAGGUAGAAUAACCAGGCAGCUUCAUGCCUAUGAAUCAAACACGAAGCUCAGUAACCGAAGCUAUAAUCAAUUAUUUACAAUUCUCAACAAUGAAGUCCAACAGCACUGACAUGGCAUCAGAUUCAGGAUGGAGAAAGUAUGAAAGGGAUCUCUAUUGAUCAGUUCCUGCACAAUUCUCUUUGCUGUAAUGCUGAAUUGUUGCAAAAAUGAUGCAGCAACUUUCUUGGAAGUUCACUGUCAGUAUAUUUCCCAUAAAAAUGAGACAGUUCGAGAUGCAGUUUUUCUGGGAGUCUAUAUGGAUAGAAUAAUUAUUAGUACAUAUAUUGCAACUUGGUGACGAGAAUGUGGGGAUGGCUGCUAUUUAUUUUUAUGCCUAUAUACCUAAUCACCUUAGUUCAUCAAACAAAAUGGUGUCAUUGUAUAAUUUAUGAUAGCUUUUUUCCAUCA